AUGGCCAACCCCGCAACAGAAGUGAAGAAGCCGGCCCGGCUCCCCUCGACGACGCACCACGUCGUCGUCAAGCUCGAGACGAUCCAUGUUCCCCUCCCCGAUAUCGACACCGGCUCCAUGACGCACGAGGUCAUUGGAUACGAGUAUACGCGGCCCUCGGAGGUUGGGGUCGCUGCGGCUAGGGUGUGGCCCGCGAGUGUGCUCAUCACUACGACGGUGCCGAUUAAUAAGGAGACGCUCGAGACGACAGGGACGGAUCACAUUGACAUGGAGGAGUGUAGACGGCGCGGGGUCACCGUCAUGUAUUCCCCGAACGCGACCGUCGAAGCCGUAUCCGAGCACGCCCUCGGCCUGUAUUUCUCCUCCCGCAGACGCCUCGUCACGCUGCACAACACAAUGAUGGACCACGACGACGCGCACACAAACCCCUGGCGCGCAAAGGGGAGCAUGUCCUCGCUCCUCCUCGACGCCGAGGGCCGCCCGCCGCACACCUGCGGCAACGAGGUCGCGGGCAUGAUCGGCUACGGGCCCAUCGGGCAGCGGGUCGCCAAGAUGUGCCGCGCGCUGGGGAUGGAGGUCCUCGUUGCCGCCCGCAAGGACGCCGAGUCAUCGGGACCUAGCUCUGGCGACGUCUCCGGGGGCGCCACGCCCGCCUCCGGGACACAAUCCAACGGCACCGUACGUCGCACCCCCUUCACCGAGGUCCUCCGCCGCGCCACGACCCUCUUCCUCAUCGUGCCCCUGACCCCGGAGACGAAGAACCUCAUCUCGGAGCGGGAGCUCGCGCUCAUGCGGCCCGACGUGGUGAUCAUCAACGUCGGACGCGGCGGGACCGUCGACGAGGCGGCGCUGCUUUCGGCGUUGAAGGCGGGGAAGAUUGCCGGCGCGGCGACGGACGUGUUUGAGGUCGAGCCGGCGGGGAGCGGCAAGGAUAGCGUGCUAUUGGGCGAGGAGGCGCGGGGCGUGAAUUUGACGCUGACGCCGCACCUUGCGUGGUGUGCUGAUCAGACAAAGGUGAACAUUCGGAGGGUCGUGGGGGAGAAUGUGAGUUGGUUUGUGAGGGGAGAGAAGGGGGGCAAUAUUGUGCUUGAUAUGAGGUGA